UCAAGGACACAGACACACAUCACAAAUACACACAAUGGCAGAGGCAUCGAAUGGGCGAACUUCAAAGGUCAAGAAAGCAGUGGUGGAGGAGAAGCUAGAACCCAAGAACAAGGGAAAGGCAUCGAAUGCCCAAAGUUCGAAUGGCGCACAAGGCUCUGACAACAGAGAACUAAAGAGGACUAUUGAAGACCUGGUGGGCAAGAUUAACACACUGAAUGUUGACAUUGAAGCAUCCCAGAAGCUCAUCGAGAAAAUGACCAGGGAGAAAAAUAAAGUGGGAGAGGAGAUCACAAAGCAGCAGAAGAAGAAAACGGAGACGGGAACAGAGAUUGAAGAGCUGGACUUGAAGAAAGGAGAGUUGGUGGGGAAGAAAGGAAAGCUGGGAGAGGAUAUUAGAAAUCUAGACCUGCAGAAAGAAGAACUCGUGAAGGAGAAAAGAAAGCUGCGACAGGAUAUUGAAAAUCUAGACUUGAAGAAAAAAGAACUGGUGGAUGAGAAUAGAAAGCUGGGAGAGGAUAUCACAGAGCUGGAGAAGAAGGAAAUAAUGACUCAAACUGAGAUUGCAACUCUGAAUAAGGCGGAAACUGAACUGGUGGUGAAGAAAGGAAACUUUGCGAAGGAGCUAGACGAGAAAAUAAAGAUGAGGUUUGAUAACCUGGAGAAGGGGAAGCAGGAAGUGGUGGAGGAGAAUCAGGAGCUGAUUAAGGACAAAAGGAAGCUGGCCAAGGACAACGAGAAACUGAGGAAGGACAACGAGAAACUCAAGAAGGACAAAGAGGAGCUGGUGGGUCAAGAAGGAAAGACGAGAGAGGAGAUGCAAAAGAGGUACGACAAGCUGCAGGACAAAUACGAUGGGAGAUGCUGCAGCUGUUGCUCAAUUUGUUAACAGUCUCAGUACGCGCUAUUACUACGUGAUUUCGACAUAUGUACUAGUGAUGCUGCUGUGUACGCAACAUGGGUACUUGUCCCUUUUAAUUUUCGUCUACGCAUGGCUAUGCGUUUCUUUCCACGUAUUGUAAGCUCCUUCAAAAAUUGUU